AGAGCCCUAACGGCUAUUUCCCAAAGUUUCCCAAAGAAGCUAACCAAAUCAAGAUGAGUGUAUACAUCACAGCCAUUCGACCCAGACACAAGCCAAACGGUCCUAAGAAGUUGUUGAUCUCUCUCUUGCGAUAGAAAAUUUCUUCAGACUCGAAGCUAUCUUCUCUUACCCCUUUUUCAUGGCUACUCCAACACCGCGGCGGACCAAGGUGAUGAAGCAAGGACGGAAGGUUCGAGUGGUGGCGAAGAUAAGAGGUUUUUCGGAUCUGGAGAUUGGGUCUACUACAGCAGCAGCAGUGACGCCGUGGAUUUCGGUUCAUAAGCCCAAGGGAGACGCUUCCGAGAGCGUGACAAUCUCUUUGGCGGACAAAUCGGCAAGUCGUAAAGAGUCCUGGGAAUUGGAUUACUGCUAUGAAGAAAAUGAAGACAAUGAAAUUUUUUUUAAAAGAGAAAUAGAACCCCUGAUUUCUGGCGUUUUUUGUGGGCAUCAUGCAACUGCCAUAGCUUAUGGAGCAAGGGGUAGUGGAAAGACUUAUGUCAUUCAGGGAUCCAAAGAGAAACCUGGUUUAGCAAUGCUUGCAGUGGCUGAACUUUUGUCCAAGGCCGAGGAAAAUGGAACAUCGGUCAUGGUAUCAUAUUAUGAGAUUUUGCAUGACCACGUGUAUGAUCUUCUAGAUCCAAAACAGCCGGAAGUUCCAAUAUUGCUGGAUGCUCAAGGGAAAAUUAAAGGACUGUCUCAGGUUCCAGUGAAAUCCAUUUCAGAAUUUCAAAAAUCAAUUCUUGGCAGGCCUGGUUAUAGUAAACCUCUGCUGAAAAUAGGAGCAGAAUUCUGUCAUCGGAGUCACAAGGGCUUAAUUGUGCAUGUAUCACCCAAUGGUGCAAAGUCAGAUACUCAUUGUAUGGGAAAGAUGAAUUUUGUUGAUUUGGCAGGUUAUGAAGAUAGAAGGAAGAGUAUUGAUAGCUUCAAUAUGGUCGAUAAUAAUAAGAUCAAUAAGGCCAUCUAUGCGUUACAAAAUGUUGUUUAUUCUUUGAAUCACAAUGAAAGCCAUGUGCCUUAUCGAGAGAGUAAACUGACUCACUUGUUACGUGGUUCUUUGGCCGGCACUGGAAGAAUUGUGAUGAUCAAUUGUUUGAAUCCCUCUUUCUGCCAAGAUUCCAUUUUCAUGUUAAGCUUAGCAUCUCGGGCCUGUCAAGGUGUUAGUAGAGCUGUCCCAGAGUCCAUAAAGAAGACCUGUCAAGGUGUUAGUAGAGCUGUCCCAGAGUCCACAAAGAAGACCAAUAAUUUGGCAAGACCAACAAUUCUUUCCUCUCAAAAGAGCCAGUUAUGUGGGAAUGUUUCAGGUAAUACAAAAAAAACCGGCUCUCAAGCUCGCCUUUAUGAGAAGAAAUCACACGGUAUGGUUUCUACCACUAAAGCAAGGAAACUAUUUGAUGAGGCAAGUCAUUUGGCCAAACCUGAAAAGAUGUCUGAAAAGGCAAGUUCCUCCUUGGACAACGUUUCAACUACUGAAGCUUUAAUAAAGGAAGAGGGAAAGUUGCCGGCUGAUGCUCUGGAAAAGUUGUCAGCUGGUGCUCAGAAGGAUGCAGAAUCUGCUCCUACCUGGGAAAAGGAAGCUUUCCAUUUAGCAGCUUCUGGUACACAGGAAAGUAGCACACCACAAAAGGAUUCUUCUGUCCAUGGUGAAAAGGAUUAUGAAGAAGUUACCCCUAUAAUCAUGAAUGGCAAAACUGCACUUGGUUUUGUUGGAGAAGGUCAAAACUUAGAUAAGGAAAACCAGAGUUCACUCAUUAAUGAAGGUGGAUCACCGCCAAUUAGUUCACAAUUACAAGAAUUAUCAUAUAAACUUAAGCAGCUUUAUUAUUCAUCAACUCCGUUAUGCAUAGAGAUGCCUGAAAAGAAUGAUGCCCCAACCUCUCUUGACAUUAUGGAACCAAAAACUCCUGAGCGAAAUGUGAAAGUUGAGGAGAAAUGCGAGGUAGCUGGUCCUUGGGAAAGAUUCAGCACAUGUAGUGCUGGAAUGAAGAAGUCACUUGUCCAAGAAUAUGUUAACUUUCUAAAUUCAGCUAGCAAGGAAGAGUUGAAAAAAUUAAAGGGGAUUGGUGAGAAGAGAGCUACCUAUAUCCUUCAACUCCGUGAAAAUUCACCAGAGCCCUUUAAGAGUGUUGAUGAUUUGAAGGAUAUUGGACUUUCAGCCAAACAGAUCAAAGGGAUGAUGAAAAAGGAAGUUGGAGGUCUUUUCAAUUAGUCAUUGAAAUGUGAUAAAUCUUGUCGAGAGAGAUGAAUUGGUUAUGGCAACACGAAGUUGCCUUAAGAACUUGACUUGCAUUUGUUUGAUAUGAUCGUUUGUUAUCACUUAUCAGUAUCUUCAUUGUGCAGUAAGCUUGUUCUACCCCUCUCUAUAAUAUGUUUACCCGUUUUCUUUCUUA